UUGUGGGAGGGCAAAAAGAUGGCGCUGCCGGCGGGGCGGCGUCUGUGUGAGGUUGCUAGGGGCUGGCGGCGGUUCGGGGGCCUGUGGGCCGGCAGCCUGGGUUCUCGCCGCCUGGCCCUUGGGGCUGCACCCUCAAGCAGCAGGUCCCCGUGGCGCCUCUUGGGUGCGUUGUGCCUACAGCGGCCACCGCUAGUGUCCAAACCUCUGACCCCUUUACAGGAAGAGAUGGCGGCUCUGCUGCAGCAGAUUGAGAUAGAAAAAAGCCUUUAUUCAGACCAUGAGCUUCGUGCUCUAGAUGAAGCCCAGCGACUGGCGAAGAAGAAAGCCGACCUCUAUGAUGACGAAGAUGAACAGGGUAUAUUGCUGGUGCAAGAUCUGGAAGAUAUGUGGGAGCAGGCGUUCCUGCAGUUCAAACCUGGCGAUCGUGUAACAGAAGCCGAUAAGAAGGAUGACCGAACCUCACUACACCGGAAGCUAGACAGGAACCUCGUCCUGUUAGUCAGGGAGAGGCUUGGAGACCAGGAUGUUUGGAUGCUGCCCCAGGCAGAGUGGCAGCCCGGGGAGACCCUCCGAGGAACAGCUGAGCGAACCCUGGCAGCACUUUCAGAAAACAACAUGGCGGCCAAGUUUCUAGGAAAUGCACCCUGUGGGCACUACAAGUUCAAGUUCCCUCAGGCCAUGCGGACAGAGGGUAACCUUGGGGCCAAAGUAUUCUUCUUCAAAGCACUGUUACUAACUGGAGACUUUUCCCAGGCCGGGAAGAAGGGCCCUCAUGUGUGGGUCAGUAAGGAGGAGCUGGGUGACUAUCUGAAACCGAAAUACCUGGCCCAGGUUAGGAGAUUUCUUUGGGACCUCUGAUGGACUGAGCUGCCCAUGGACUGUGCUUUGACAAGGCUGUGACCAGGGCCUCAAGGACGUCGUGUGGCUGGCCCACAUCUGCAUGGAAUGUCAAGCAUCAGACUGAAUUCUGAGAAAUAAACAAGUGUGUCACUGUGUCGGUCUCAGUUGAUUUGCCUUCACUGUCUCCCAGAGAAGACAGCCGUCUUUAGGGGGCCUUUCCAUUUUUCCCAACUGAUAAUUGGGUAUUGUAUUUGUUUAUAACGAAUCAGCUGGCGUAUGGGGCCUAGGGAGUAAGAACCAAAGAAAAUAAAUCAGCCUUUUAAAAAUCU